ACAUUCUUGAGCGACUCCUCCUUGAUCGGCCGUGGCAUGUCCUUCUCACAAUCACAUCAGUUCCGACUCUGAGGCUUGACCGAUCACAAUGUUUUGAGCAGCUCGAUCACAGAGACAUUGUCCUUCAAAAAAAUCAAAGUCAAAACCCGAUCGAAAAAAAGUUUCGUUGCCCAUUCCGUCCAUCUGAUGGACUCGCAGACAGUGGAGCGCUGUCCGUCCAGCAGCGCUUGACGACACAGUAGUUAGUUAAUAGCUAGUCUCAAUAUAUAACCCAGUCAGUGAGUUGGUGAUCGUUCAGGUGCAACUAGAAAAAACCCAACAAAAAACAACAACGUUGGACAUCCGAAAAUAUUUCGUCGCAAUCAUUAUCGGCAUCCAUCCAUCCAUCCGUCUGGCUCCCACAAGUGCGGACCUUGUUACCUUUUUUCGUGCGUGUGUUGUGUGAGUGUGUGUCUGUGUUUCGAGGCCUCCAGAAAAGAAAAAAUUGUUGAGGUAGUCGAGAGAGAGAGAAAGAAAGAGAGAAAGAGGAGUCGAAAAUUGCGAGUUUCCUGUCUGUUGGUUGAGCGGAAAGUGCCGGGCCGAUGACGACGCCGAAGGACGGCCAUUUCCACGCCCGACGCCAACGGAUUACGCAAACCGCGACUACUCCCUCCUCCUGCUCCGCCGCCGUCUUCUUCUCUCUUUCUCCUUAUUUUAUCGCUUCAUUUCCACAAGAGAUUCGGCAAAAGAAAACGCAACUAAGAGCCGCAAAAAGUCCUGGAGACCUAGCGGCUCCUCCAUCGCAGAGACUCGUCAUUUAGAAAAUUACUGGAGGAAGACGGAAGAAAAAAAGAAACUCUCGACGUGACCCGUCGUCCAAGUAAACGGGCCCGCUGUUUUCUACGCAACAAACAUACACACAUACACAAUCAACGAAAAAGCUGUUACAUCUUACUCGAAAGUAUCCUGUUGUGUGUAUUGUGUGUGUGCAGUCGUUACGCGGUAGCUGGAAUCGUCGUAGAGUGGCGCUGGCGACUCUUCCAUUUCCAACAAGGGGCGAAGUGGGCGUGUCCUUCCGUCGACAAACACCAAAAGAAUCCAGGCAAAGCUCCUCCCCCCUCAUCCCACCCCAAUCGCCCCUCGUGCCCGUCAUGAUGGUUGUGGCCACCACAGAGCGCAGGCCCGACCCGCGGCCGCAGAGCCAUUAAAAGCGGAUGCGUGCAGCAACCCAAACGACGAUCGCUCAUUGGCUCUCGCAGCCAACCCCCCGCCAAGGCGAGAGAGUAGACCCCACCUCUUCGACUCCGGCUGCUGCUGCUGCCGCCACCGCCGCCGCUACUACUACAACAACUACUACUACUCAUACCCCCAUUAUAGAGGCCUCCGUGUCUUUGCCCGGCACCCUUUUGAGAGUCCCGCGUACAGCAGACGGCUUUAGUUGAUCGCUAUCAGCAGACUCCGACGCAAGCGUGUGCCCAGUGUGUCCUCUCCUCUCUUCUCUCUUCCCUUUGAGCGCGCGGGACCGAGUCCCAUCACGGCACACAGUUUGAAUAGUACAGUCUGCCACUCUCUCACUCAGUGUAUUCCCUUCUUCUCAUCAGUGCAGUCGUCAACGAUUCGUUCGUUGAGUCAAAAUCGGACCUUGAGUGUUACAAAUUAUUUUUUUUUUUUUCGUUUUUUAAUUUGUGAAAUUGGAUUUGGUGUGGCGAAUUAAAGUGAACGAAUUUUUUUCGGUGGUGGACAAGAUAAGACGAAAGAAAAAAUUGGUAAAGCGAAAAAGUUGAUCGAAAAUGAUGAACUCGUACUUUGAACAGUCCGGCUUCUACGGUGGACAUGGACAGACGGGGGCCGAGCAGGCGUACCGAUUCCCGUUGGGUCUCGGAGUCAAUCCUUACGGGCCGCCCUCAGGCGGCGUGACCCGCCAGCAAGUCGAUUCCUACGACCAGUCGACAGCGGCGGCUGCGGCGGCGGCCGCAGCGGCCGCUUCCUGCAAACUCUACGAGCAACAGUACAAAUUGGACUGCAGCAAAGCCGACCAGAACGGCUACAGUUCGGCGGGCAUCAACGUCAAAUCCGACAACAAUUCGGCCAUCAGUUCGUGGGCGCAGGCGGCGGCGGCUGCGGCGGCCGAUGCGGCCAGAGCGGCCCAGCAAGGUGGAGUCAACGACCGGGGUGUCGGAGUGGGUUCCGUCGGUCACGGACACAACAACAUCAACAACCGAGGCGUGGUGGGCGGCGGCGGUGGCGGAGUCGUCGGAGGCGGCGGCGGUUACCCGGGCGUCGUGUCCAACGUCUCUGGCGGCGUCGGAGUCGGGCCGGAAGCGGCCAUCAGCGCCGUCACCCCUCGCCCGGCCAACUCGGUCGGUCCAAACAACAACCCGUGGAGCCCGUGCUCCCUCAACGCCACCACAGCCGUUCAGGCGCCGGUGCCGCAGCACGGAGGCGGCGGCGGCGUCGGCGUCGUGUCCCAGCACAACACGCAACACUCGCAACAACACCAACACAACUCGGUUCAACAGCACAGCAACCACAACACGAGCGGUCAGCACGCCAGCCACGCCAUUAGCCAGCAGCAAUCGCCACAGAGUCAAUCGUCUGCCCAUACAUUCUACCCGUGGAUGGCCAUCGCCGGUGCCAACGGAUUGCGGCGUCGAGGCCGUCAGACGUACACGCGCUACCAGACGCUGGAACUGGAGAAAGAGUUCCACACAAAUCACUACCUGACGAGGAGGCGGCGGAUCGAAAUGGCCCACGCCCUGUGCCUGACAGAGCGCCAGAUCAAAAUUUGGUUUCAAAACCGACGCAUGAAGCUCAAAAAGGAGAUCCAGGCCAUCAAGGAGCUCAACGAGCAAGACAAAGCGACGCACACCAAAGGCGGCGGCAUCAGCUCCAAUUCGUCCAACGCAUCCACGACGCCCAAUGGAGGAGAUUGACAAAAUUGGAAUUUUUAGAAAGAA